CCUCUCUCUCUCUCUCUGUGCUUCCUCUGACUUCCUACUUCACUCCGAUCUGCAAAUGCGCGCUCUAUCCAUCUCCUCCCUCAUCCGAUUCUCAGUUUUUCAGUUUUCCGAGCUCAGUUCGACUAUUGUGAAUUCUUGCGAGAAGGAAGCUCCCUCCUCAUAGGUUGGUUUAUAAUGGUUUGGAGAACAUAUUCUGGAGAACAUAUUCUGGUUUCUCUGCUAGGAAACUAUGGAAGGUGACAGGAUAAUCUCUGUUCCUUCGAAUGGGCUUAGCAUCAGUGAUGGUGCUCAGAGAACGCGAAAUCUUCAUGGGAGGACUACUGGCCCGACAAGACGUUCCACGAAGGGACAAUGGACAGCUGAAGAGGAUGAGAUUCUGCGGAGAGCUGUUCAGCGUUUCAAAGGAAAAAACUGGAAAAAGAUAGCGGAGUGUUUCAAGGACCGAACUGAUGUACAAUGCCUGCACAGGUGGCAGAAGGUGUUAAAUCCAGAACUUAUUAAAGGACCAUGGUCAAAAGAGGAAGAUGAAGUAAUAAUUGAGUUGGUGAACAAAUUUGGGCCAAAAAAGUGGUGGCAUAAUCAUCUUAAUCCUGCCAUAAACAAAGAGGCAUGGACUCAAGAAGAGGAGGUGGCUCUGAUUCGUGCACAUCAGGUUUAUGGGAACAGAUGGGCAGAGCUGUCGAAGUUCUUGCCUGGAAGGACAGACAAUGCAAUAAAGAAUCACUGGAACAGUUCUGUGAAAAAGAAAUUAGACUCUUACCUGGCAUCAGGUCUGCUAGACCAGUUGCAGUUUCCUCUUGCUGUAAAUCAAAAUCAGCACAUGCCUUCAUCAUCUUCGAGGAUGCCAUGCAGUGUGGAUGACAGUCUUCUCAAAGGUGGGAAAGAAGCAGGGGAAAUAUCAGAAUGCAGUCAGGAUUCCAAUCGAAUUGGUUGUUCUCAGUCAGCAAGUGAUUUGGCUGCUGUUGUAUAUACAGGAGAUCAACUCCAGCAGACUGAAAUGACCAAUGCAGCAAAGGACCAAAUCUCCAGCCCAGCUUCAUGCUCAGAACCAUAUUAUACCUCCCUGGAUGAUAUUGCCUUUUCCAUCCCAGAUAUACAUUGUGAAGCAGGAUAUUCUUCCAAGUUUGCUGAGCAAAAUUUCUCCCAUGAUGGAGCUGCAGCAAGUGUGGAUUACCAGUUUGAUUUGCAGAAUCUAGGUAAUAUGUCUUCAUUGGAAAUGGGACACGAGUCAUCAGGAUUUGCAAUUCAGUUUAUAGGUGCUAGUGAAAGUUGUGAAGUGGUAAAUGUUCCAUUUCAAACUACUAUGGGGUUAAAUGCUCUUAAUUCUAUGGUAAAUAUGGUCACAGGCUCUGACAAAAAAGAGCAUAUGCUGAUAACAGAUGAUGAAUGUUGUGCGAUACCGUUAUCAGAGAGAGUUAAUGACAGAUGUUUUCCUUCUGAAGAUUUUACCCAAGGCUCAAAUAUGGUUAACUUGGUUGAAAACACAAAUUCAUCACUUUCUAGGCCUUCAGAACUGUCAUCUGAAACCAGAAGAAUUUUGGAUCCGCCAUCUAGUUGCCCUUCAGGGGCUGUACCUACACUACCUCUGGCUGAGGGUGGUGCACUUAUAUAUAGUAGGGAACAUGGUGAUUUCCCUUACGGAACUCAGGAACAAGACUUUAAUGCAAGGAUACAUGAUAGCUUUAUCUAUACAGAUGAGUCUGCCAAUUCCUCAUGUCAUGAUACAGAUAGCACAGGCCUGCAAGAGCAGUCAUACAUUGCCAAGGAUUCUUUGAAGUUGGUUCCAGUGAAUACUUUUGCUUCAGGAUCGAAUAUAGAUAAGUCCUGUCCUUCUGUGGAUGAGAAGCCAAACACCAAUACUGAACAGGAUGCUGGAGCUCUAUGUUAUGAGCCUCCUCGAUUUCCAAGCUUGGAUAUUCCAUUUUUCAGCUGUGAUCUUAUACAAUCCAGUAGUGAUAUGCAGCAAGAAUAUAGUCCCCUUGGCAUUCGCCAGCUGAUGAUGAAUUCUAUGAACUGUAUUACUCCAUUCAGAUUAUGGGAUUCUCCUUCUCGUGAUGAUAGUCCUGAUGCUGUGCUAAAAAGUGCUGCUAAAACUUUCACAGGUACCCCUUCUAUAUUGAAGAAACGCCACCGUGACUUGUUAUCACCUUUGUCGGAAAGAAGAAAUGAAAAGAAGUUGGAAACUGAGCUGGCAUCCAGUUUGGCUAAAGAUUUUUCUCGUUUGGACAUGAUGUUUGAUGAUGGUGAGACCCUGAAGGCUUCUCAGCUACCUCUGACAGAUGACCAUAACAACUCUUGUGACCUCAUUGAAGAUAAAGAAAACCUCAGUCAUGCUUUUGUGGGGGGACAAGACAAUGCAAAAGAUUUCACUGCAUCCUCAGAUGAUAAAGAGAUUUUUGAUAGUGAUGCUAAGACCAAGGUUUUUGAUAGUGAUGCUAAGACCAAGGUUGAUCCAGACGCUCAUCAAACUGUACAGCAGCCCUCUGGAAUCCUGGUCGAACAUAAUGUCAAUGAUCUGCUGUUAUUUUCUCCUGAUCAAGGUGGUCUUAAAGUAGACAGAACAUUUGCUUCAAGUGCCCAAACUCCAAAAAACCAACUCUCUAAAAUCUCUGGAGUUGUAACAAAUCAAGCUUAUGCCUCGGAAAAUUCAUCUGAUAAUCCAUGUCUAGUUGUUUGCUCUCCCACUGUGAAAACAAUGAUCGGUCCGAGUCACUUGGUUGCUGUUACAUCAAGUCAGUGUACUUCUUCUUCAUCGGCACCCUUGGAGAGUUCAGUUGUUAAUGUUGGGAAUGACACUGUUACUGAAAACUAUAACAUAUUUGGUGACACUCCAUUCAAAAGAAGUAUUGAAUCCCCAUCAGCAUGGAAAUCCCCUUGGUUCAUCAAUUCUCUUCUUCCUGGCACAAUUGAGGAUAUUGGAUACCUUAUAAGCCCAGGGGAUAGAAGCUACGAUGCCCUUGGGUUGAUGAAGCAGUUAAGUGAUUAUACUGCUGCUACCUAUGCUGAUGCAUUGGAGGUUUUAGGAAAUGAAACCCCAGAAACACUUGUAAAGCAAAGACAUGCCAACAAUCCCAAUAUAGACAGAGAAAAUAGUUGCAUGCCUCAAAGUCAAAACGAAAGCCGUUCCCAUUUGUCAUCAAAUAUUGUGACAGAACGCCGAAUCCUUGACUUCAGUGAAUGUGGGACACCCGGGAAAGGAAAUGAAAUUGGGAAAUCCUCUGUGGCCAAUGCCACAAGUAUCUCUAGCCCAUCUUCUUAUCUGUUGAAGGGAUGCAGAUAGAGUGUCUUUAGGCUAGAGCCGAACCUGUGUUUGUAGCUUAUGUGAUAUAUAUAGUAUGUUUUUCAUUUCUUUGUUCCAAUUGUUGUCAUAGUAAGUGAAUAAUGAAUACAAUUUAUUAAAUGGUAUAGAGUGUU